AUGUCCGACGAGAAGAAACAGAAAAAAGAAGACGAGAAAGGGGAUACCGAUCCUAUGGUCUACGCUCAAGUCAUGAGUUUAAAGGUGAAGACGCUGCUGAAAAUUUUUCUAUACUCCGUAGUAGGUCCGAUAAUAUUAUACUGUCUCUUUUUCGCCUUUCUAUAUUAUCAAGAAAACUUAGUAACAGUGCAAACGAGAGUGGUGACAAUUCAUGAAAAAAGACCAGUAUACAGGUUAUAUGCAAGAAGCAACGAUACUGGAUACUUGAAGCACGUAUUCGCUGUACUAAACCGGCUGGGUUUUCAACAGAGCGACAAUGAUUCAGAUUGGGAUUUGUUAUGGGCACACGACUAUCCGUUCCGUGUUUUAUCGUCGAAUUUAAGUAAAUUGGAAGCACAUCAGCGUGUCAAUCAUUUUCCCGGUUGUGGGUACAUCACGAACAAGGUGGAUUUGUCGAUAACGGAAGGACGAUAUAUACUUCCGGCGUUUAAACUACCGGAACAACAGGAAGAAUUUGUAAACUAUGCCAACGAGUAUCCUGAGAAGACUUUCGUACAGAAAUCUAAUGAUCAUCGGGGUAUCAGCGUGAAGAAUACGAGUGACAUAAAUUUAACAGUGACUGGCUCUUUUGUGCAGGAGUUUAUACAACGACCGUUUCUUGUCGACGGUUACAAGUUUGAUGUUGGCGUGUAUACUGCGAUCACUUCCAUUGAUCCUCUUAGAGUGUACGUGUAUGGAGGUGAUGUUCUAUUUAGAUUCUGUCCUAUAAAAUAUUAUCCAUUCGAUCCAAAAAUCUUGGACAAGUAUGUAGUUGGUGACGAUUAUUUGCCGAUAUGGAAUGUUCCUUCGUUGAAGCAUUAUUACACUAAUCUAGGAUUUUCGAUGAAAGAUUCGUUUGACGCUUACGUAAAAUCACAAGGAAAAGAUCCGCAAAAAGUAUGGCUUGCUGUUCGUGAGGCGAUAAAAGAAAUUACUUUGUCGAAGGAAGGCUAUAUCAAAGAAGCAAUGAAACGUUACGGAAAUGAAAGAAACUUUUUCGAAUUAGUCAGGGUCGACUUUGCUCUCGAUGAAGAUCUGAAUGUGUACACCAUGGAGGCUAACAUGUCCCCGAACCUGUCCUCUGCUCAUUAUCCGCCGAAUCAGUUGCUUUACGAGCAAGUUAUAUAUAAUUUGUUUGCUCUAGUCGGUGUUGGACAGAGAGUCAGAAAAGAUUCCUUGAAGAAAAGGAGUAAGAUGGAGGAAGAAAUGAUGGUAGUUGAUAAGAACUUGGUAGUUCUUCCAGAACUUUGUACAAAAUGCAAUGAUUGUUUCCGCGUAGAAUGUCAGCUUUGUAGACCGUGUUUCACAACUGAAAUCAAACUCAUUUUGUCCCAAAGUUACCUCGAACAUCGGAAUAGAAUGGACUUCCAAAGAGUCUUUCCACCACCCAUAACAAAAGAUAUGGUGCUAAAAGAUUACACACUAAGGAAUCAGUUAUUAGUCAGAUGGUAUCAAGGAAAAUGUGAAAUAGACUACUCCUGGUGUUCAUAAGUACCUGUCAGCUAAAAUAGUUUU